AUGAGAAAGGAUUCAACCAUCAUGAUUGGACAGUUACCAGUGGUUGUUGAGAUAGAGCAGAAUCAAGAAAUUGCUUCCGAGGGAUCGAAUGGGCAGGCAAGCAACUCUAACAAAGCUGAGACUGUGCACUCGAAUACAUCCGAAGCUGCUGAAACAGAUGAUGACAUUGAACCGAAAUCAAGCUCUAAGAAGCAAGGUAACGAGAACCGCGACGCACAAUCUGAACGCAUGACAAAUUUCCAACUGAAAGCUCAGAACGAGAGGCUUCGCGCCGAGAACAUGAGUCUCCGGCAUACUCUUGCUACCGGAUGCUGCCCUAUUUGUGGCGAACAACAGGCUGUGCCACAUUCCCCUCUUGAAGCAAAUAAUCUAAGGUUGGAAAAUGAAAGACUGAGAGCCGAGAUUGCAAGGGGCACAGCGUAUCUUGCCCAGUUUGGAGGCAAUGAAUUUGCAAAUCAGAACAACAUAUUGCCUAAUCCUGCCCCGCCGGUCAUUGUUGGUAAUGCUGCUGCCAGAGAAGACAUUGAUUUCGGCGCAUUUGGUGGAUUAGGACAACCAGAAGUUGAAGGAGAUCUCCUUUUCGAGGAAGAUCUCUCAACUGUGCGUUUUAGUGCACCAGCAGCAGCAACAGCACCAGCAACGCCACCUAUAAAUGACCGGAGAAUGAUUACUGAACUCGCGAGUUCCGGAAUGAGUGAACUGAACCAGAUGUCAUUAGCUGGAUACCCAUUAUGGGUUCCGAGUAAUGAACAAAGGCAGCUUCUCCUUAAUGAAGAGAUUUAUUGCGAAAUGUUCCAAAAAGUAGCAAAUGGGAUGAGAACACCUUCUUCUUUUAAGCUCGAAGGAACCCAACACUCUGAGAUGGUUAUGAUGGAUUCCUUGCAUCUCGUCGAUGUUUUGAUGGAAAUGGAGAUGUUCUUAGCAAUUUUUAAAAGCAUUGUUUCAAAGGCCGAAAUCCUAGACAUCAUCACUGCUGGGCAAUCUGGAAACUAUGAUCAUUCCUUGCUUGUGAUGUCUGCGGAAUAUCAUGUCUUGACCCCCAUUGUCCCCACCAGAAAUAGCAUAUUUGCGAGACAUUGUAGAAAACUCGCCGAUGAUAUAUGGGUUGUGGUUGAUGUCUCCUUGGGUAACAAGUACGGCACAAGUCCAUCAAUCCCUAACUGCCACCGGAUGCCGUCAGGAUGUAUCAUCCAAUCCAUUCCAAGUGGUGGAUCCAGAGUAACAUGGAUAGAGCAUGUGGAGGUGGAAGAUGGAGGAGUUCAUCCAUUGGGGAAGCCUUUUGUUGAUUCCCUUCUUGCUUUUGGGGCUGAGAGAUGGGUUUCAGUUCUCGCUAGACAAUGUGAACGGCUUGCAGCUGUAUCCGUGAUUAAUUUCCCGCCUGAUGAUGUCAGCGAUGCUGUUGUAAGCAAUCCAAAGAUUAGGAAAGAUAUUAUGAAGCUGUCUGAAAGGAUGGUGUUAAGUCUUUGUAAGGGAGUAACAUCCUCAACUCCAUAUUCGUGGGUGAAUCAAUCAGCCAGAAAUGGAAAUGAUGAAAUCAAAUUCACAACAAAAACCACCCACAACAGCGAACCAGGCAAGCCCUUUUCGACUUUCUUAAGUGCCACAACCUUCUUCUGGCUUCCGCUCCACCAUAAAUUGGUGUUCGAGUUCCUCUCCGAUCAAAAUACUCGAAAACUGUGGGACGUUUUGGCAAGCACAGGAGAAAUUCAGGAAUUUGCUCGCAUAACCUGUGGCCAUGAAGUUGGCAACUUUGUAUCCAUGUUUCGAAUCCUUAAUGGUGAAAACAGCGGACCAGAACUGUUGGUUCUCCAAGAAUGUAGUACGGAUCCAACAUCGUCUUGCAUUGUUUAUGCACCAAUCGAAUCUCAAGUUGCAAGAAAGUUAUUGGUCGGUGAAAUGACAGAAAAAGUGGAACUCCUUCCAUCCGGAUUCACAAUUUAUCCAAGUGAAAAGCCAUCAUCACUAGCAACAAUAAUGAAUCCUCCGGGAGUUAGCGCCGGAGCGGCCGGAUCGUUAGUAACAAUGGUUUUCCAAAUUCUGGUCGAUCCUUCAAAUGAAACAUCCUGGUUUAACAUUAAUGGAUCUGUUGCCAUCCUAACCGAUCUUAUUGAGUCCACCAUGGAGAGGAUCAAAUCUGCAUUGCUUCCCAAUUUUCUCUAG